AUGGAGGGGAAGACGCAGCCCGUGCUGUGGAUGCUCUGUGCAGUCUGGGUGACUGUCCACGCCAUCUCUGUGGAAACCCCAAAGGAUGUUCUUCGGGCUGCUCGGGGAAAGAGCGUUACCCUUCCAUGCACCUACCAAACUUCCUCUGUCAACCGAGAAGGAUUUAUCCAAUGGGACAAGCUUCUAAGGAGUCAUACGGAAAGGGUGCUCACCUGGACAUUUUUGACCAAAACCUACAUCUACGGUGAACUUUAUCAGAACCGUGCCAAUGUAUCAAGCAACGUCGAGCAGUCAGAUGCCUCCAUCACCAUUGACCGGUUGACCAUGGAUGACAACGGCACGUACGAGUGCUCCGUCUCACUGCUGUCGGACCUGGAUGGUGUCUCCAAGUCACGCGUCCGCCUCUUGGUGCUGGUGCCGCCCUCCAAGCCAGACUGCAGCAUCGAGGGAGAGACUGUGAUUGGGAACAACAUCCAGCUGACCUGCCAAUCAAAAGAGGGCUCCCCAGUCCCCCAGUACAGCUGGAAAAGUUAUGACGUCCUGCACCAGGAGCGUCAAGUCGCACCAGUCACAGGACAGAUCUUCUCUCUGAAGAACAUCUCCACGGAAAUGUCGGGCUACUACAUCUGCACCUCCAGGAAUGAUGUAGGGGUGGAGUCCUGCAACAUCACUGUGGCUGUCAGACCUCCCUCCAUGAAUGUGGCCCUGUACGCGGGCAUCGCGGGGGGCGUGGCCGCGGCACUCAUCAUCAUCGGCAUCAUCGUCUACUGCUGCUGCUGCCGGGAGACGGGCAAGGCUGAGGAUGCGGAGGUCACGCGGCCGAAUCGGGCGGGCUACCAGGAGCCACCAGAGCAGCUAACAGAGCUUUCCAGAAGACAGGAAGAGGAGGGCGAGGAUGACUACAGGAAUGGAGACCAGAGGGACCCCGGCCGAGAGUCCCUUGACCAGGCUGGCCGAUGA